ACUGGAAAACCAGUGCUGAGGCCGAUUCGACCCAUUGAUUCAGCACUGGAACACCAGUGCGGAACCCGUUACUUUUGUAUACUUGCAUUAUAUCUGAGUAAAAAAAGAAAAACUUAAACCAUUGAGGGGAUAAAUUUGUGACAAACAUAUAAUUAAGCAACGCCAACCAGGUCAAAUAGAACGGCAGAAAAAUACUACCCGAAACCAAGCCUACCCACCUUUAACCUUUACAAAUCCAUCCGCACCGACCGCUUCACUCAAGACAAGUGUCUCCCUACGCCCGAAUAAUCGACGAAAGUUUUGAUUUUCUAAACAACCAAAUCAUCGGAUACAAUCUAUUCGCUGUCCAAUCCACCUUGGAGCUGCCAAAGUUGCGCCAUUAUUAGAUUUGCACAGAGGAAUGUCUUCAUCUUGUGUGUUUGUUCUUUUCUUUUGCUGGGGACUAAUUUGGACAGUGACGUCAUCGAAAGUUGCCAGAAUACCCGGAAGAAAGUUACUUACGUUCACAGUUUGUAGCCGCUAUGGAUCCGCUACACCGACAAGUUAUCCUGGACUGCUAUGACGACAUUAGCCGUGACAUGGACCCGGUACAAGCCCUGCGGUACAGCACGGUCCACUGGAGGGACGGAGACCCGGGGUUCAUCCGGGCCAAGGCGAGAACAGAGGGGCCACACUGCGGCGCCAGGGCGCUACUGGACAAACUGUUGGAAUUACCGUAUGACGCUUUUGACGACUUUGUUGAAAGCUUGAGGGAAGUUCCAUACCGUCACCUUGUCAGUCAGCUACUAGAGAGUCGGACACGUCUUCACACAGCUGUGAGGAGAGGAGAGAAAAGAAAGAAAGAUCUUGGACGGUGGCCACAAGAUGUCACAAAGUGGUCCAUGAAACGACUAGGUGCCGUUAGUAUGCUCCUCACAACCUUGAUGAUCUGUGCUUGGAUAGUCACUGUUUACUACACUGACGGAAUGAACGACACACCCUUCAUGGUUUUCUUUCCUCGCCGUAUGAAGACUUUCGUGGGACGAGAAGAUGUCUUCGGCAAGAUCGACGCGUGUCUUGAACAGAACCGGACCUGUCUCAUCAGAGGGUUGGGCGGAGUCGGGAAGACAUCAUUGGCUAUUGAGUACGGACACAGGCGUGCGGAGAGGUACCCUGGUGGGGUGUUCUGGGUCAGGUUAGCGAGUAAGGGCGACCUGUGUGCUAGUAUCAGUCACUACAGCUCUUACGUUAGUCUAACCAGGGAAGAAUCUGUACACUCUAGUGAUAAAAUGAGCUGUAAGUCUGUAACAAUACAGUUUAGAAAGUACCUGACAAAGUCACGAUAUUGGUUGCUAGUAGUUGAUGGGGCAGUCAGAGAAACCAUGAAAGAGUUGGAGUCCCUACUUCCCCACAGCAUCACAGAGACAAUGCAUAUUCUUUUGACCUCCCAGGAAAACCUAAGACUUGAUAAGGAGCGUAUUUCAGUGGUCAGUCUCCCUCCGUUCAGCGAUACUGAGGCCCAGGCAUUGUUUAACAAAACAGUCAGAUCUAGCGGUAAAGAUGACCGUAGAUGGGUGGAGAGUCUAGGCAGAUCGCUCGGCCAUCACCCAUUGGCCCUACAGCUGGCGUAUGCAUACAUUGAAACAACCGGCUGCUCUAUCAAAGAAUAUCAUGACAAAUACACCAGAGCUAACGCCGUUGUCUGA